UAACCGUAAAAGGGAAAAGAACCUUUCCUUUCUCGAACACACACAGCAUCAAGAUCUCUUUCCUUCUCUAGCUACAAGUCCAUUCUCUCCAUGUAAUUGGGGCGUGUUCGGCAUUCGCGGAAUUACAUCAAAAAUCCAUCUGUUCAUAAUUCCUCUGCUCAGCUACUUCCUACCUAGAUCUCUUUAAGAUUAUUAAUGGCGAGAGAGAAGAUCAGGAUCAGAAAGAUCGAAAACGUGACGGCGAGACAAGUGACAUUCUCCAAGAGGAGAAGAGGGCUGUUCAAGAAAGCUGAUGAGCUUUCGGUUCUCUGUGAUGCAGAUGUUGCUCUCAUCGUCUUCUCUGCAACUGGCAAGCUCUUUGACUAUUGUAGCUCCAGGUCAAGCAUGAAGGAUAUGUUGUCAAGGUAUAAUAUGCAUUCCAAUAACGUCAACAAAUUGGAGCCUCCCCCUCUUGAACUCCAGAUAGAAAACAACAAUCGCAUCAGGUUGAGUAAGGAAAUUGCUGACAAGAGCCAUCAAUUGAGACAGAUGAAGGGCGAGGAUCUUCAAGGUUUGAAUGUAGAAAAACUGCAACAACUGGAGAAAAUGCUUGAAGCUGGACUGGGCCGUGUAGUUCAGAUGAAGGUCAUAUUUACAUAUCAUAGUGAAAAAAUCACAAGUGAGAUUUCUGCACUCGAAAGAAAGGGAGCUCAAUUGAUGGAAGAAAACCAGAAGUUAAAAGAGAAAAUGAGGGAGAUAUGUAAAGGAAAAAAAGGUGGUGUUUUGGAGACAGAUGUUGGUUUGCAUGAAGAAGGGUUGUCAUCAGAGUCUGUAAACAACACCAACGCCUGCAGCUGCAGCAGUGGCCCUCCUCCAGAGGAUGAUUCCUCUGAUACUUCCCUCAGGCUAGGGCUUUCCAUUGGCAUGUAGCUUGCUGAAAAUCAACCGGGAGGACCAUGAAACAAGUGAUUAUUUCAUUGAGGAAUUAAUACUAAUCCCUUGAAAGCGGUAAAUACGCUAUAAUUCUGUGAUUAAUGCAACUGUAUUGACAUUUGAAACAUGUUGGCGGACCAUAUAUAACACUGCAAGAGAAUCAAGCGCUUGUUUUGAUUUUCAUAUUUACAUUAAUAUAUGUUAUAUAAUCUGCAUAUAUGUAUAUUUUUUUUAUGAAAUAUGUAAUCUAUAUAUAACUGAUGAUUGGACAGUA